AUGUUUACCGUGGGGGCCAUACUGACGACAGUAGCUGUGAUUAUCUGCCUGGCAGUCGCUGCUUGCCUGAUACUGAGAAGAUUCAAACUCAAAUUGAAACGCAAAGCAGCUCGGCGUCUCCCUAUUUCACAGAACGCGAACCCAGCAGUAAGCCUAGAUGACAUCAGUGAGGCGUCCGAUCUAUCUGCCGCUAACCCACUCUAUGAACAUGCCGGUGCUGUGCUGAACCUUCCCCACAUUAAGAUGUGCCCUGAACUUCAGGAAGACAGCUCAGUUGCCCAGAUGGCUCAGGAAUUUCGGAAUCUACCAGCAUCUAGUAACCAAGCUUCACACCAUGGGCGUCUGACAGAAAACAUGACCAAAAACAGAUACCAAGACAUUCUGCCAUUUGACACAACUCGCGUCUGUCUGACAGUAGAGAAGGAGAAUCAGAGUGACUAUAUCAACGCCUCCUACAUUGACGGUUACAGGAAUCAAUCAGAGUACAUUGCAACACAAGGUCCACAGAGCCACUUGAUGCUGGACUUCUGGAGAAUGGUCUGGCAGGUUGAAGCCACCAAGAUCGUAAUGCUGACAAGACUUGUAGAAGGAGGAUUUGUGAAGUGUGACAAGUACUGGCCUUGCUGCAGCAUGAACUGCAAGACCUACGGGGAUGUUUCUGUCCAGUGUGUUGAAGAGAGGGUGUUUGAACACUAUACGACAAGACAGUUCGCCGUUUGGAAAGCCAACUCUCAAACAAGGAAGAUACACCACUUGCACUACACAUCGUGGCCGGCACAUGGUGUACCAGAUGAAGUGACCACGCUAAUUGACUUCUAUAAGGUGGUCAAGAACACAGAUGCAGAUGAAGAAGGCCCUACAGUUGUACACUGCAGUGCUGGGGUUGGACGAACGGGGACGUUCCUGGCCCUGGGACAUUUGAUUGAGCAGUCGAGGUAUGAAGGCCAAGCCUGUGUGUUCGCCUGUGUCCAGGGAUUCCGACUGCAGCGAAUGAAUAUGGUGAACACAGUGGAGCAGUACAUUCUACUGUACCAUGCCCUGGUCGAGGCCCUGAAGACCCGGGGGAUACUGCCUGACAAUUGUAGACCUGUGUGGCUUCAGUGCCAGCGAUGCUGGCAGAACGUCCCCCAUCAACCUGUGUGUAAUGGUGUGCUGAUGAGACCGGUGGCAAAUAGACCCGCGAAUGCCCUUUCUCUUCAAGAUGCAAGGUGAUUCCAGAUGGGCUGUCAUUGUUCAUGCACCUGACUCGAAAUUCGACCUUUCGUAAAGUGCCUGUGUAUACCACAUGUACUCCUCACACGUGUAUCCACUGAAGGGUGUUCUGCGUGUUCAUCAAGCCACAAUUCGCCUCUAGUCUGACACGCCCUUGCUGUUAAUUUCUAAAUGACGGCCAUUUUCAUUUUAUUACUCUUCAAGUCAGGCUCUGUCCUUAAAUGAAUGCAUUGUCUAAACUGACCGAACUUUUGCGUCUUUAUAGAAUCGGACAUUUUACUGAACAUGUUUGGAGUGAGCUUUCGAACCACCAAUUAUCUCACUUGCAUAAUUUAGAUAUGAAAAUUCAUUUUCGUACGCAAUGUUAACAACGUAAAAUGUGCGAAAAAUAUGAGAUUUGUUGACAUUUCCCAACUUGUAUGUACAUAAAUAAUUUUAUGCAUAUUUCUCUAUUCACAAAGUCAUCAUGUUUGUCCUCCGUCUAUAGAUUAUGCACAUGUAUCAACAAUGAUGAAGUAUACACUCGAGCCUAUUUCAGCGCACAUAUUAAUGCAGGCUUGGCAUAUGUAUAAAAUGUUCUUGUAUAGUUACGAUAAUGACUUAGUUUCCGUUUGAUCAUUCUUAAAACUGGGCCCUUUCUUCAGUCAUUAGAAUCACUGUUAUUAAUCUGGCUGACUUAAUUUUUAAUCGGUCAUGGUAACGUCUUCUCCAGGUAUUCAACCAUAUAUUUCCAAGUACCUAUCCGUUACUGAAGUACGUUGUAGAUAGUUAAACCAUUGGCGUAAUUUGAAUCCUCAGAAAUAAUUUAAUCUACGAAUUAAUAAUAGAUCCAUCAAAUGAAGUCAGCUGCUGUACAUAUGUCGUAGCGUACGUAAUCUUAUUCUAAACAAAACGUAUCAAUAUUUAACUUAGGAGAAAUAAGUAAAUAUGUCCUCAUUUUAUGGUCCACGAUAGAGAUAAAACAUUUCACGUUUGUUAAAUUAUAUCAUGUAACUGCCAUGAAACCUCACAUGAACUGUGAAGGUGGAGAGAGUCGUCAUCUUUGCACAUACGUAGAACUUCAUGUUUUCUGUAUUUUAAUAAAUAAAACUGUACAUGAA